GGGCGAGUCAGCCGGGCUCGGGCGGAGAGAGGAGCUGCUACGCCACAGCCCAGCGGCGGCCAUUCGCGGAAAAAGAGGCAGAGCCUGUGCCAGCUACAGCCUCCUCCGAGCCACCGCGGGCGGGCGGGACCGGCCUCUCCUCCCGCCUCGCCCCCACCCCCACCCACCUCUAUCCCAGUGUCUCAGUGAGGGUUUGUCCUGUUAAUGCGGGAUGAGCGAUCAGAAGAAGGAGGAGGAGGAGGAGGCGGCAGCGGCGAUGGCUACAGAAGGAGGGAAAACCUCUGAGCCAGAGAAUAACAAUAAAAAACCCAAACCCUCAGGCUCCCAGGACUCUCAGCCCUCUCCUCUGGCUUUACUGGCAGCUACUUGCAGCAAAAUAGGGACUCCUGGUGAAAAUCAAGCAACUGGACAGCAGCAGAUUAUUAUAGAUCCAAGCCAAGGGUUGGUGCAACUUCAAAAUCAGCCACAACAGCUAGAACUGGUAACAACACAACUCACUGGAAACGCUUGGCAGCUCGUUGCCUCCACUCCUCCUGCUCCUAAAGAAAACAGUGUUUCUCAACCGACUUCUAGUUCAUCUAGUUCUUCCAACAGUAAUAACGGGAGCUCCUCUCCUACAAAAACUAAACCCGCUAACUCUUCCAGUCCUGGUCAGUUCCAAGUCAUCCAAGUGCAGAAUCCAAGUGGUAGUGUACAAUACCAAGUGAUUCCACAGCUUCAGACAGUGGAAGGUCAGCAAAUUCAAAUCAACCCAACUAGUAAUUCAUCUCUCCAGGAUUUGCAGGGUCAAAUUCAGCUAAUUUCUGCAGGUAAUAAUCAAGCUAUACUCACAGCUGCUAACAGGACAGCUUCUGGGAAUAUUCUUGCUCAAAAUCUGGCAAACCAGACAGUUCCAGUCCAAAUUAGACCUGGUGUUUCAAUACCAUUGCAGUUGCAGACCCUUCCUGGUACUCAGGCUCAAGUUGUCACAACCCUACCCAUUAACAUUGGAGGAGUGACUUUAGCUUUGCCAGUGAUAAACAACGUGACUGCGGGAGGAGGGACUGGACAGGCUGGGCAGCCUGCUGCUACCACUGACAGUGGGACAUCCAAUGGGGGUCAGCUCGUUUCCACACCCACCACCACCACUGCUUCUGCCAGCACCAUGCCUGAAUCUCCCUCCUCCUCCACUACCUGCACAACCACGGCUUCAACAUCUCUGACGAGCAGUGACACGUUAGUGAGCUCAGCAGAUACAGGCCAGUACGCGAGCACAUCAGCCAGUAGUUCCGAACGCACCAUUGAAGAAUCACAAACACCUGCUGCUACAGAGUCUGAAGCCCAGAGUUCCAGUCAGCUUCAGCCUAAUGGAAUACAGAAUGCACAGGAUCAAUCAAAUUCUCUUCAGCAAGUGCAAAUUGUAGGCCAGCCUAUCUUGCAACAGAUCCAGAUCCAACAGCCUCAACAACAGAUUAUUCAGGCUAUUCCACCACAGUCAUUUCAACUCCAGUCAGGGCAGACAAUUCAGACCAUCCAGCAGCAGUCUUUGCAGAAUGUCCAACUUCAAGCAGUAAAUCCGACUCAGGUGCUUAUCAGGGCUCCAACUUUAACACCUUCAGGGCAAAUCAGCUGGCAAACUGUACAGGUUCAGAAUAUUCAGAGUCUUUCAAAUUUGCAAGUUCAGAACGCUGGGUUAUCCCAACAGUUAACCAUCACCCCUGUGUCUUCAAGUGGUGGCACGACUCUUGCUCAGAUUGCUCCUGUUGCUGUGGCUGGUGCCCCAAUAACUUUGAAUACUGCCCAGCUUGCUUCAGUGCCUAACCUUCAGACAGUGAGUGUUGCCAACCUGGGUGCUGCAGGCGUUCAAGUUCAGGGAGUUCCAGUCACAAUCACUAGUGUUGCAGGUCAGCAGCAAGGACAAGAUGGAGUGAAAGUCCAGCAAGCUACCAUAGCUCCUGUAACGGUGGCAGUUGGAGGAAUUGCUAAUGCUACGAUAGGUGCUGUUAGUCCUGACCAACUCACACAAGUGCAUUUGCAGCAAGGCCAGCAGACUUCGGAUCAAGAGGUGCAACCUGGCAAGAGACUUCGAAGAGUUGCCUGCUCUUGUCCUAAUUGUAGGGAAGGAGAAGGAAGGGGCAGUAAUGAACCAGGAAAAAAGAAGCAGCAUAUCUGUCACAUUGAAGGCUGUGGGAAAGUGUAUGGCAAAACAUCUCACCUCCGGGCACAUCUUCGCUGGCAUACUGGAGAAAGACCUUUUAUAUGCAACUGGAUGUUUUGUGGCAAGAGAUUCACAAGGAGUGAUGAGCUUCAGAGACAUAGAAGGACCCAUACAGGAGAGAAGAGAUUUGAAUGUCCAGAAUGUUCUAAAAGGUUUAUGCGGAGUGAUCAUCUUUCCAAGCAUGUCAAAACACACCAGAAUAAGAAAGGAGGUGGGACAGCUCUUGCCAUUGUUACCUCGGGAGAACUGGACUCAUCUGUCACAGAGGUGCUUGGCUCCCCACGAAUUGUCACAGUUGCAGCCAUUUCUCAAGAUUCGAAUCCAGCAACACCCAAUGUUUCAACAAACAUGGAAGAAUUCUGAAAAGUUACUUAUAACAGAGACCUCUAGUGCUGCACUUACGUUUACACAUCUUUGAAAAUCUGGAAAUGGGCUGGUCAAGUGGAUUACAGAGUAGGAAAUCAUGUUUCAUUCUUGGCUUCUUUAAGUAUUCCAGGGUCUUGGUUCAACACAUGAAGUGUUGAAUAUUUAAAAAAAAAAAUAGGAAAAGAAAACAAAUAUACUGGAAACAGAAAAGUAUUUCCUCCAUGCUCUUAGUUGUAGUUAUUUGGAAAUAUAUCACACAACCUUUAAAGAGAAUCUCCCCCUCCUUUAACAUCAUCAUGUGUUAACAUGUUUAAAGAGAGACCUCACAAGUUUGCAGGCUGGACCUUCACUGGGCUUACUUUGUUUGGAAAUACUUUGUUAUAAAUUCAGUCAGUAAUAACUUACAUGUAUUUCUUUUUCUCUAUAGCACAGAAAACAGAUAGUUAGCUGAUAAUGCAGAUAAUAAUGUAUUUCCUUAGCUUGAUAUUUGGAAAAAUCACUUCAAAAUGGUUUUGGCCGUCUUUUCUAAAUACUAAAAAUUCUUCAAAAGUUAAAUUAGGUAAGUUCCCAAACAGUAAUCUGAGAUGUACCUCAGAUCUUUAUUACCACUACAUUAUAGUAGUGUGUAUGCAGACAAUCAGUGAAACUCAAUUACUGUCUCCACUUUGGAGACUUAGGAGGAACUUAGAGCUAAAUCUUAGGUUAAAUUUUAGAUUUGAAACCUUAGGAAAAUGCGGGGAAACAAAAUUGAUAGAACAGAACUCAUGAUAGCUUCAGAAAAAUAAAAUGAAGUUAACACAAGAUGUUUUAAAGUUAGGAUAACUGUGUUCCUAACCCUAUGUUGAACUACAAAAUUUCAUUUUAAAUGUUUAUAUUGGAAAUAUUUGCAUAGAUUCCAGAUCUGUGUGAGUUCAUAUUCUGUAAAUAUGAGUUAUGUUGACAAUGUGCAGAAUUCUUUAUGUUUUGACUUGGUAGCCAAAGAAAGAAUUAUUAUACUUUUUCAAGGCCAUCAGAAAAGUAUUUUCAGUACAUCAUAAUUUUGUUUUCCUUUACUAAAAAUUGGCCAAUCCCAUUUUAUUUCUAGUACUGUGUUAGAAGGUUAAUUAGGAAUUUAUAUCACAGUGAUGUCUUUAUGUUGUAUUGAUAACAGAAUUUUCCCUAAAAAUCUAGACGGCCUAGCAAAUAUAUAAUAGAUAUGAUAUUAUGAAGCAAAAAUUAUUUUUGGAAAACCAGAAUAUGUUUGAGUCAAAUAGUGACUGAAAAUAUAUUUCAUUGUUUAUGCAAGAAUCUUAGAGAGAAUGUCUUAUUAGGAAAGGUGGCCAAACGUUUCAUAUGAAAAAUAAUUGGGUUAUUCUAAUAGAUUAAAGAUUAGUAAGACACUUCACGUUUUUCAAAAGUCUUUACACAGAGUCAUAACUAUUGAAAUUGACCAUUUGGAAACUAAAGUUUUUACCUACUUGAUUUAUUAAUACCAUUGGUUUGGGGACUGUUUGAAUAUGUUUUCUUGUGCAUUCUUUAUUGUUUCAGGAAAAGUACUACUCAUGCGAAUUCUCUUCCAAAAUCGUGAUGUUUCUUGUAUUUUUGAUGGAGAGAUACUGUAAUGAUCACUGUUUACACUAUGUACACUUUAGGCCAGCCCUUUGUAGCGUUAUAUAAAACUGAAGGCCUUUUGUGCUUUCAGUUUGUAUAAAAAAGCUUUGAGAUUAAAGGAAAAAAAAUUUUUACACUGUGGUUAUAAAUUUCAAGUUUCUUAAAGCUUUUGUAGACUUGUAACAAAGUCUUUAAAUUUUAGUUGGAUUUUGUAAAUUGUUUUGUAUAUUUUAUUUAAUGUACUCUGAACAACUGAUGUAUCUGGCUUUAAAACAUCAGAAUCAGUUUGUUUUGUUUGGUACAGAGGAGCAUUUGGUAGUGUUAAUUUUAAUUUUAUUAUAUAGAAGCUGAAACAUCAAAUAUAUAUUUUAUCUAUCAUGCUACACAAUCAGUGCUAUAAAUUUUUUUAUGCAAAGAAACUUUCUUAAUGUUGUAAUCAUGUUUCCUCCAAGCGAUGCUUUCUGUUGACACCAAGUAUGAGCACUCUGCAUCAUUAUUCCACGAGCCAGGUUCAAUGCAAACCUAUGUAUGCUCAUCAGAAGUAGAAGUUAUUUUUAAUCAUCAAUGAGGCCUAUUAGCAAUUUAGCAAAUUGAAUCUGGAUAAGUUUGUAGUGCAUAAAAUAAUGUGUUAGCAGGCACAUUUCAUCCCUGAAAUUAGAAAUAUUUUGACAGUCUGUUCUGCAUACCAUUCUGAGUCCACUUUUCUGUCUUCUAACAAUCGUAAAUUUCAGUGUCCUUUAUUUGACUCAGUGGGAUAUAGCUGUAAUAGGGCACAGAUGUGCAGUAGAGUCUUGUUUAAUGGCAAUUCACUGCUCAUUCCCUUUGCCACCGUUAUGAAACUUUUCUUUGUUGUAAUUAUCAGUGCAAAGCUAUAUAUUUAUCAUGGUAGAACUCCAGUGUUAGAAUAGUUUCUUCUCACAGUAUACUUUCUUUGGUUAGGUUUGUGUAUGUGUUGCUGAUAACAUUGGAACUUGAUGUUAAGUCAUUAUUUAUCACACUCAUGAGAGCAGUAAUAAAAUGUGUAAUCUAGGAGAAAAAGUUAAUUUGUCAAACUUAGAUAAGCAUGGUGUUUAGGUCCUAUUUUUCAAUUUUAUAACUGUUUUAUUGCAACAAUAUUUGUAUUUAAGUCUCCAUUUUAAUGCCUUGUGAUGUUUUUUUUUAUGCAUGUCACUAAGUUGUCAUCCCACAUAAAUUGAUGUGCAGCAUAGGGUAUUAAAUCUACAUAAUGAUUUUAAAACAGAAAUAGUUGAUGGUAAAAUGUAAAUGUUUUGCAAAAAUUCCUUAUAAAAAGUUUCGUAGUAACAUUUCACUUGUAAAUUUUUUGUAAAAAAGAAAAUGGGGGAAAAAAAGAUGAAUCCAGAAAAAUACUUGUUUCCCAUAUCCUAGAAUUUAGACAAUUACUCUGCCAGCAAAGCCUCUGGGGCUGUAAUUGACAUUUUUACAGUGAUGAUUUGUAUGAAAUUUGUUUUUUGUGGAUUUGGAAAUAAAAUCAUGUACAAGUUGUUGCCUGCAAUAACAAUUGCAAGUAACCUAUUAAAAAUCCCCUUGGGUUUAACAUGUUUCAUUUAUGUAUACUAUAAAGCAGCAAUAAAUUGUUUAAACUAUCA